AUGCAUCCGCAAUUUAAGUACAAUGGUGGUCAUUACAACUGGGGAAUGCAGCAGCCGUACUGGAACUAUAAUUCACAUUUAAUGAAUUCUUCUUAUCAAACACCAUCAACUGUCCCUGAAUUUCCGAGCCAGCAAAAUAUUGGAGCAAUAACAAGCUAUAGGCCAAAUGAAUCACAUCAUCUGCAACUUCAUGCUGAAAGUAGUUCCGGCCCUUCUACAUCCCGAGAUUCUUCGUCUUAUUAUACUACGGAUUCUCCAUCGUCUCUUCCCAUUCCAAAGAAAGUCAAUCACGACAAAGAGAAAUACUUCUCUGACCUUGCCAAGAUUAAUGAAAAGUUGUCUAUGAUCGAUAAAAAAAUUAAUCCAGUUAACGAAUGCAUUGAGGAAAUAGAUGAAGGCAUUGCUUCUCUUCCAUUAAAAAACUUAGUAUUGGAAGCAUUCGAAAAAAUUCUUAAAAAAGAUGAAAAUCUGAAGAAGCUAGUAAGUUUUCAAUAA